AGAGAAAAAUGAUGAUGAUAACAAUAACAUUUGUGCAAAAAGUUUUACAAUUAUUAUCUCCUUUAAUCCUCACAAAAAUUCCAGUACAUAGGUGCUGUUAUUAAUACCAACUACUACAAUUGAGGAAACUGAGGUAGACAGAAGUUGUGUGACAUUCCCAAGGUCACACAGCCAGGAAGUGGCUGAGAUCUGAUCAGAUCACAGAUCUUCCUAGCUCUUUCCAUAAUGUGGCGCCCCCUAGUGGCCUCUAGUCAGCAGCUUGUCUAACCAACAAUGAAUAAAUCAUUAUUGUAUCUGUUCUAGGACAUCAAUCCCCCUCAAAUUUAAUACCACAUCAGUUAUAUGCCAUGACUUCCAGAAGACCGUCCCAGGAAGAGCCGAUUUCUAUGGACAGUCCCUAUCUGAUCAAAUGAUCUGGGUCUCAUAAAAAUUUGGCUUAUGCUUGCAUGAGAACGCCAGCUUCUUGAAGGAAGGAGUGAUCUACAUGUUUACCUUUGUAUCCCAGUACCUGGUGGAUUCCAGGUGUUUAAUGAAUGUGUUUGAAUCGAUUGUAAUCUUCUUAGGAAGGCAUAUUGUGUGAGCCUGUGACCAUGUGACUAUGCAGAGGUUAUUACAGCAUUUAGAAUUAAUGCCCACCUAAUGGGCACUUUUCCAAUUAUAGUCCUUCAAGAGAUUUCUAAUGAAAGAACAUUAAAAAGUAUUCUUCUCAAUUACUUAAUAAACUAGCCAAACUUUGCCCUUAAAGAGGACAGCAAUGGGGCGAGUUUAGUUUCUCAUAAGUGGGAUUUGCCAAGUUCGUUUGCAGUUUUCUUCCCCUAAGAGGACUCUGUGUUACGUAAUAAUUAAUCUUUAGGCAUAGUCACAAUUGUAUGUUAAUCCCCAGGGAAACCGUGACUUGCUUACUUGCACAUCUAAGGUCUUUGGCUCACAGUGCUCUUGCCUCAUAACACCAGAUAUUCUAUCCUGCUAUUAUAUGCUCACUGAGAUGAUCCUUAAAAGCACUAUUUGCAAAACUUCAGUUUUUUUUACAAAAGUGACAAAUAAAAUGAGAUUCUACUCCCUUUUUCCAGUCGGUGAUUAUGUAAAUUUAUGUUAAUUUACAAUAUAUUAUUUGGCUUUUCUGCCUUUUUUUUCAGCCUGAUGAUGCUAAAAUUUGUUUUGAUUCAGAUCUAGGUAUAUAGGUGUACUUGAAAUCACCUAAUUUGAAAUUGAAGUUCUUAAACUAAAUUCUAAGAAAUGUAAUUAUGUAAAGAAUAUUUUGAAUUAAAUAUUCAAUAAAUUAGUAGAAACAUAGUUAAUUUAUAAAUGUACCUCAGAGUAGUCUAAAAGUGGUAAUUUCUGCCUUCAUUUUAGUUAAAUUGCAGGUUAAAAUAAAAUUUAGGAUACAAAAAAUAAAGCUGAAACCAUUUUAGAAUAAACUUUUAUUAAGGCCCUACUAAGUGCAAGACAUCUUUAGGCUAAGAAUAAAAGAAAGGGAAAAAACUUUAAGCCUUAUUACAUUCUUCUGGUGAAAACAUGUAAGCAGAUGAGGAUAAUACAGGCCAACUCGAGGGGAGAAAAGGGCAUUAACAACUUGGGAACUUUUUCAUGAAGGAGGUGGCACCUGAGCUAAGCCUUGAAGUAAGGAAACUUCAAGUGUUUCUACUAAGUACGGAAAAUAUGGUAGUCUGUGAUGAACUGGGACACAGGAAAACCAUUACCUUUAUGGAUUUCUACUAUAGAUCUUAUAGUUUGGGACAUUUCUAAAAAACUUCAAUGUGCAACAUGUCUUUCUUUUGCUGUAUUCAUUUGUUUUCUGUGAUUUGACCCUGGAGUUCAGGCUUUUUGAACACACCACAUUUGUAUUGCAUUGAAUGUUAAGCACGUUGGACCAGCAGUCCUCCAGUGAGCAUAGCCCCUACGUUUUGAAUGGUGCUAAAAGCAGGGGAAUUUUCCAGGCCAUUACAGUGCUUAUCUCCUUCCUUUAGCUACGGGUCUUAACCUUUUGUAAUAUGUGGCCUGGUCCCAGAUCAUGUUGUAAUAUGCCAGUUCCAUUUUAAAAUGUUUCUAAUUCUAGACCCAUUUUGCUUUAUUUCUAUAUUAACAUAUUCAACAUAAUAUGUUUGUAUAUCAACAUAUUCAACAGUAUGCAUUACUGCCUCCAGGGGGGUAAGACUUCCCAGCCCACUGGAAGUCAAAAAGCCCCAGAACUGUUUGGGAAAGUAGAUGAUUUACAAUCUGAUGAAGAUGGUCUGACCUUACAAACAAGAAACUAAGGUUGUCUCUGAGAGUGGUUUGGCAUAUCAAUGGACACCACCACCAAUUCCUUUCUGCAAUCUCCACUGCUCUUCUCUUUGUCUUGAUUGCCCUUGACAAGUUUUGUUCUAGUCUCUUUGUCCUUCACGGUCCUGGUUAGCAGCCUCUUUUUAAAACAGGGUUUCUCCCUUUUCUUAUAUCUAUACUAUGCUGUAGAGUGCUCACUCAGUACUGGCCUUUCUAGCUGUCAGCUCCCUCUGAAGGGCUUUGCUUCUUUUCUGAGAAUUAAUUCAGAUAUUUUGCAGAUUUUCAGUUUCAAUCAUACAAUUUUUGGUUUCAAUAUUGCUUAUCUUUUUUCAUUAUGGCCUUGAAUGAUCCUUGAUACAUUUGGUUGCUUCACACCAGAAGCUACUAUAGGAUCUCUAAAAGUCAUUGAAGUAGGUCCUCGAAGAGCUACAACCUUGGCAUGUUUCCUUGUAGUGAUAUCUGUUCUUAAUAGCCACAGGGAAGAGAAGGGGAAAGUAAAACACAGCCAAAGAAAGCAAUGAAACAUGCAUGUGGCAUGAAAUCUGACACUCAGAUGACAGAGGCUUAACUAAAAAUGAAGAAACAAGCUCAAUUCAGUUCUGGCUGGUCAAGAUCAGACAUUUAAAGUCAGCCUAGUAUCGCUAGAAUCACAUACAGAUGACUGUUGCCACAAAAUGAAACCAUAUCAGACAUGUCAAGCUAUCUGCACGUUCUUGUAGGUUGGGGCCAUACUGAAAAAGAAUUUAAAUGCUAGAGUAAAGGGUCUAUUUUUUAUCCUAGAGGAAAUAGGGAUCCACUAAUAACUCUUGAGCCAGAUGAUGACAUCAUCAAGUCUUUGCUUUAGAAAAAUUAUUUUGGCAUCUGUGUGGAGAAUGAAUUGGGUAAGGAAGAGAUUUGAAUCAGGGGAAUCGAUUUAGAAGCUGUUAUAAUAGUCCAGGCAAGAGGUGAUCCUACGUUGGUGGCCAUCUAAAUGAAGUGGUGAGGAGAUAAUGGGUAGGAGAGAUGUUGUGGAGAUAGAAUUGACAAGAUGUAAUUGGGGUGGUGGAGGUAAGAGAAUGGGAAAAGUUGAGAAUGACUGAACUUUGUGAAUGACUGGAAGGAUGGUGGCAUGUAUAGAAGAGAUCAGAGAUGAGUAAUAAGUUCUUUGGGCAUGGAUCAACAAGAUUUUAUCAAGCACCUAUUUUGUGCCAGGAAGUAUUGAAUUUAAGAUGCCUUUUAGACAUCUAGGUGGAGAAGGCAAGACAGUUGGUAACAGAGGACUAAAUAGAGCUCAGAUUGGGGAAUCAUCUGCCUAGAUGUGAUCAAUAAGUAUAUGGAAGCUGAUGAGAUCAUGAAGAGAUAAUGGAGAGAGAAGAAAACCAGGGACAGAUUCUUGGGGAGUAUCCAAGCAGCAACAGGUCAAAGGGACAUGGUAUUCUUGGGCACAGAACAGAGUAGUAUUAGUUCAAUGGUUAAGAUUCAAUUAUGGGGUCAAGAUGGAAAUUGAAGGACACUGAGGCCAGGGCAGGGAUGAUAGAUGCCUGGGGGCACAGAGAGGCCAUAAUGGAGAUGUUGGACUAGUCCAAGAAAAGGUCAAAGAGGAGCAUCUCUGCACAGAGCAUCUCUGAAUCUCUAGUUUCAAGAUGCAGCUCGGGUACCACCUUCUGCACCAGGGAUUCUUAACCUGGGUUUUGUCCAUCCAUUUAUAUGUGUGUUUGGGGGGGGUAAAAAAAUUCUUAAUAAUUCUAUGCCGAGUUCACUGAUUUCCUUUGUGUCCCUAUUAUUUUUAUGCAUUAAAAAACAUUAUUUUGAGAAGGGCCCGAUGGGCUUUACUCCACUGACAAAGGAAUUCAUGAUACAAAAACAGUGAAGAGCCUCCGUUUUCUUGAUUCUGCAGUUUCUCGUGUCCCCUCCCAUCACUUCUGUAUCUAUCCCAUGUGUGUACAUAUGUACGUUUCAUUUCCCCUGGCUAAAUAAAAGCUCCUUUAGAGCAGAAACUGUUCUUGUGUUUGCCGUUCUCUUCCCGAGCCUAGGGAGGUGCCUGGCCCAUAGUAAGUGCUUACUAACUGUGUGUCGGUUGAUUGGACUGUGAUCUUCCCCUUGCGGAGAUCCUCACCCCAUCUUCUUUUUACCUGCUGGAUAUAAUGAUCCAUUUUCAAAGGGAUGCUACAAGGGGCUCAUUACUGGGCCGUGGGAAGAAGCUCUACCAAUGGGAGAAGGCCCAGUGGAUAGCACCAACUUCCUCACUGGAGGAGGUAACUAGGCACACUCACAGAAAUUAGGAAAGCUAAUCAAGCUUGGCCUAAGAGACAAGCCAGGCUUGGCCUUUGUCAACAAGCCGCCUGGCUCUAACCCCAUUUUCCAAUUUCAAGCUGCUCUCCUCACGACCGCUUAAUAGGAAAAUGAACAGCACACUACACAAAACAAUUAGAGCCUGAGCCCCGGUAGGACGGAACAUUUGAAUUGGUACAAAUGAGUCAGGCCACUCUCUCGGCUGGGUCCUUCCUCAGCUGCACUAAUAAGCAGGCCAAGGGGGCAGCAGGAAGACUUUUUCUGGCCAUAAUCAUCCCCUGGGCCAUUUGUCUCCCCUGACUUUGCCCAGGAAAAGGUGAAGCUUUGAUACAAUGCAGCUGUCGACAGCAGGGGGAGAUUUUGACCAAGACCAAACUGCUCCCUCCUCAAAAAUGUCUAUAAAACAAAACAGACCCUGGAGGGGGGGGGGAUUUACAUUACCAAUGACAAAUCAAAGCUGAAAGUUUGCCUGGCCUGUUGUCAUUCAUUGCCAUUCAUAUUCCGAAAGCAGACUGCUGUGAUAAUUGAUUUGAUGGUCCAGCUUGAGUGGAAGCACUUCUGGGCAUAGCAGGCCUCAGAGAUGCCAAAAAAGAAGAAAAGGUGGGAAUGAAAUAAUGUACUGCUUUCUCCUCAGAGGCAUGUGGCCCAGUUUUUUUUUUUAAGAAGAGAAAAAACAUGCUUAUAAAAAAAGCAGGGGAGACCUCAAGAACUGGGUAAUAAAUACCAAAAUGACCAUAUAGCCUGGCGCAAUAAAAAUCAGCAUUCAGAGGGAGACAAUGAGAGGACAUAUUUUACUGACGGCUGAAGAAUAGGCGAGCGUGGUGGAAAUAAUCAGAUUUUUCCCGGACCCUGUCGAGGGGAGUACCUUUUCUGCUGCUCUUUUGUGCGGGCACAAAACAAGAUUCCCUUUCGGAAAAAGGCUUUUAAUUUUUAAAGGUUUUCAUAGUGGAAUUACUAGUUCAGAAGGAGAAAAAGAAAACAAUGAUUGAGACUGAAAAGCUCUAUGGCAGCUAGCUAGCUAGCUCUCUCUCUUUGCCUGGAUUAGCUGAACUCAUUGAAUUUCUUGACUUUAAGCAAUGGGUGACAAUGCAGAUUCUCUUCAUAUCUGUGAGUGGAGGGGGCUGUGCAGGCCCUACCUCCUGCCGCUAUGAAUAACUCUGGGCCUCCCAGGGCCAUUGGGGGGGAAAGAAAGAGAAAAAGGUACUGAAUUCCAAGCCUGACCUCUUAAUCACCACUGCCAGCUCAACUGGGUGCCCCUGUCACCAACUGAAAGAAGCAAACAAAACCAGAGGAGAAACAUGAGCUGUCAAAACACAAGUUUUAAUCAGGAUCAGUUUGUCUUUGUGGAGAAAGGUAGUGCAGAAGCAGGCUCUGUCUUUUCCACCAGGAUGCUGAUGGAGAGGGCCCAGGCCAUUCAGAAACCUGCCAUUAAGAAAAUAGAAAGGCAGGCAGUUGCCAUUUUUCAGUUUGGAGUGCCAGGGAGAUCCUGGUAAAUUAGGAAGUCACCUAAGACUUCCUCUCCAAGUUCGGGCCAGAGCACAGUGUCCCUUCUCAUUUUCACCUUUGGGACUGGGGAACAAGUGUUCUCCUCUGUGUUAGUGGCUAGGCUAAGUCUAGUACAAGUAUUUUCAAGGACUGCAGAGAUCUGAUAAUUACACCUCUCCCCUAUGGGCUCACCUUACUUAUUAGCCAGUGUGGGAGCAGUUUCCUUCUUUGUUUGAAAUGUAAAUGGCUUUCUUAGCAUUUCAAGAGUGGCUGUCUUUGGCCUGGAGAAGAGCAGUCUUUGGAGGUAGCUCUAGGUGGCUUCAAGUAAGGAUAUAGGAAUAUCCUUACUUGGCUUGAUAUGAGGGAAAGCUUGCCCACCAUGAAGGCUGGCCCUAAGUAGAACAGGCUGCCUCGGGAGGUAGGUCGCUCCUGCCCGUAGUGCGGCUUCAGCCGUGGCCGGGAUGUGUCCCAGUGAGGAUUCUUGUUCAGGCCCUAAAGGGGCAUGGCAACUCGGGGAUGGCCGGCGCACUUAUAAGGCAUCAGCCAUGUGCCGGACACUGUGACGGGUGCUGGAGAUGCAAAGACAAAAGUGGAAAAAAUGUCCCGGGUCUCAAGGAGCGUCCAGCCUAGGCGCCUGCCCAACCAUACCCUCAACGUGUAAUAAUUAGAACUUGAGAGGUUUUGCAUUCAAGUAGAUUUUACAUUUCUCCCUUUCAGAAACCAUCUUAGGAAUCUCUGCCUACUGUUAAAGCCUGGGAGACCCUUUUGGAUCCUGUUCUUCAGGGUCUUCACUAUCCUUUGGGUAGCCUGCACAUGUAUCCCAAUUGUGAAGGGUCAGUAAGCCUCAGCACACCUAGAUCCCUGUGGCAUUGCCUUGGAAACCUCUUGUCCGUGUUAAAGGGGCAGGCCUUCGGGGGUGGUACAUUCCCCCUUUCUAUGGCCACGGCACAUUUUAACAGUCAGAAGUGAAAAAGCACCUUUGUUUCGGAGCCAGCACUUUUCUGGGCAGGACCAGGAGGUGUCCCGGAAGCUCCCCCUCAAGCCAUCUCCCACCACGCUCAGCAGGCGGAAGUAUCCCCACCCUUGUGGAGAGGCGCAGACGCAGCCCCCGGCACUGUUGCCUUAGCCGCAGACCUAGCAGGUGCGCUGAGCCUUUGGUCUGUUAAAGCCAGUGGUCUGAGGCAGCAGCAGGCCUCAGCCGCGGCCAUGUUCUCGAAACCCUUUCGCAUUAAGUCGAACACGGCCAUCAAAGGCUGUGACAGGCGCAAGCUUCGGGCCAACGUGGCCGCAGCUUUUCCUGACCUCGGCAGAGACCAGAUUCCUGGGAGGAAAGAGCUCAACAUCAUCCGACUCUGCACCCACAAGGAAGAAAUCGUGAUUGUAUACGUGAGUGGGAGAAACCCUAUUUUGUUUGAGGUGGAGAGAAAUCUGUACCCAACCAUCUAUACCUUGUGGGCUUACCCCGAUCUUUUGCCGGCCUUCCCAACAUGGCGGCCAUUACUGAAAAAGUUAGCCGGAGGAGCGGAUGUGAUGUUGCCGGGGCUCGUGGUGCCCCCUGAUGGGCUGCCGUUUGUACAGCAGGGGGACCUUUGUGCUAUCACGGCGGUGGGGAGUCGGGCUCCUAUUGCAAUCGGAGUGGCUACGAUGCCCACGACCGAGAUGAUGGCUUGUGGCCUAACGGGGAAAGGCUUUACUGUGCUCCAUACCUACCUUGACUACCUGUGGCGGUCUGGAGAAAAGACCUGCCCGCCUUACAUUGUCCCAUUGGACCAAAUUCCUCCAGAGGUCGAGGUUAGCAGUAAACUUAAGAGGCCAGUAGAAGGGGGCCAUGUUCUGCAGGGAGAGGAGACUGAAUGUCACACUCCACAAAGGGAGAAAGAGCAAGCCCUGGCAGAAGCCCCGGAGAAUUGGAAGGAGGCAGGAGGGGGGCAGGAUACUGUUGAUAGGAAGACCCUUCAGGAGCAAAUGGAUGAGCUCCUCAAAAAAUGCUUCUUCCAUGCUCUGAAGAGCCUGGUCACCAAGGCUGACCUCCCAUUGCUCACCAGCACUUUCCUGGGUAGUCACAUGUUUUCUUGCUGCCCCAAAGGGCAACAGCUGGACAUUAAGAAGUCAAGCUACAAAAAACUGUCCAAGUUUCUGCAACAAAUGAUGAAUCAGGAAAUCCUGCAGGUGAAAGAGCUGAGCAAAGGCGUAGACAGCAUUGUGGACGUGGACUGGGCACACCCCAGUAUUGUCUCUUUUAUUGUGCCAGAGCCUUCCCUAACUGCCCAGAAAGUUACCAAGAAACAAACCUAUUUUGCCCCAGAGAUCAAAUCUCUCUACUGUGUCCCAGCCACUCUGGUUCCUCUCUUCAAGGACUCUGGUCUCAAGAAAGGGAGUACCCUCACCCGCAGGGAGGUCAGAGUGAUCCUUAUGGAGUAUGCAAAGAAAAACAACCUAAUUGACGUAGAUGACAAGGACCUUAUUAUGCUGAAUCCUACCUUGAGUGACUGUAUUCUGGAGAAGGAGGAGCAGCACAUAGUAGUGAAACUUCCAAAGAACAAGCUCCUUGCAAAAUGUCUGGAGAAACUACAGCCUGCCUAUAAAGUGACUUUUGUUGGGCAAGAGCCUAUUGUAAAGAAAGGAAAGUUUUAUCCCAUUGACAUCACUUUAGUACGAAGAACAUUCAAAAAAAAAGUGACCCUGAUCCGGAACCUAGAGAUCUUCGGACUUGAUCCAUAUUCUGUGGCUGCCAUUCUUCAGCAACGUGGCAAGGCCAGUGCCACCGUCAGCCAAAUCCCUGGGACCAAAAAUGCUUUUCAGGUCCAAAUCCAGGGCAAUCAGAUCAGUCAUCUCUAUUGGCUCCUCCUUGAAGAAUAUCGCAUCCCUCGAAAAUACAUCCAUGGUCUGGAAAAUUCUCUGAAUGCUUACAACUACUGAUGGACUUUCAAGUCAAGUUAUAAGGUUCCUGGAACUCUGAUGUUUGAACUAGUCAUCUCUGUGACUGUUUUGAACUUUUGGAAAAAAAUCAAAUUAGUCUUUGCCAAAUUAAUUCUUUUUGUUCUAAAACCAAAACCAAAUACACAUACAUACUGCUGAAAUCUUAGUAAAUAAUCCGCAACAAUCCCCUCAUCUACUGGGUUUAAUAAUUCUGGAAAAGGGAGGUAGGGGUGGGACUUGUGGCUUCUUUGCAAUGCAAACCUACUUAUUGACCCAACAAGUAAGAAGCUCUGAAAGUCUUUUUCUUGCCUGUCCUCUGGGAAGAAUAUCGGUGUCUUAACUUGUGGGAAAAGUUAUUGGCAAACUAUAGAUAAAUGGGAGCUGCUGUACACAGCGAGUAGAGAAAUGUCUAAGAAAAGUAGGCUGUCAGGUUAAGGUCUGGAGCUUUCUUAGAGCUCUUUCUUAGAGCUACUUAUUUCUGUGGUUUCAACUUGUAAAAGAAUGAAUUAUGUUAGAAUUCACUAGUAACUUAUUUUCACUUUCAAAACAAAAGAAGCUUUGCUAAAAUCUUAAUAGACUACCUGCAGCUUCUUCCGCAGCUGUUGAAUGAGUAAUCCUGCUUUUUCAAAAAAGGCAGGAAAUGUGGUUCUUCUACUUACUGGGAAUGACUAUAAAAAGCAAGAACUUUGGAAAGUCCAGUUCUUGUCUGUGUGAUGGGAAGGUUGUUACAAAGUCCAACUCAAAAUUGUAGGGAUGACUAUUGAUAAACAACACAGAAAUGGGAAUCUUCCUGUCCUGUACCACAGAGCGGUCUCCUAUAACAAAGUUGGACACUAAAAUUUUAAGGUUACAAGUUUCUAGGAGUUCUGAUUUUUGUACUAGUUAUCUCUCUGAGUGUUUUCAUCUUUUGAAAGGAUGAAAUAUAAUUUUCUACCAAAAUGAUAUGUUAUUCUUGAAAAAAAUAAGCUUUCCUAAAGUCUUGGUUAGUAAUCCUAGAAAAGGAUGGGUGGUGGUGGAGAAAAAGCUGGUUCAUCUGGAAUAUAAGCCUUUUAUUUACUCUGACUGUGGGCAAGUACUCAAAGAGUCUGGUUCUUAUCUGCCAAAUGGGGAAAAUAGUACAGUGUCUAACUAACUCAUAAUUGCAAGGAAAACUGUUAGUAAACCCCAUGUAAAUGUGAGUCCAAAUGCACUAUGAAAUACAGAAAAAGAAAUCAUGUAUAACAAAGCUGGACUCUAAAAUUUUAAAGUUAUACAUUUCCAGGAUUUCUUUGGCCUAGUCAUUUCUUUGAAUGGUUUCAACAUCUGAAAGAAUGAAUUGUACUGUGCUACCAAAAUAAAUUGUUUUUUUUUUUCAACACAAAAUAAGCUUCGCUAAAAUCUUGGUAAACCACCUACUGUGUUCUCCUCAUCUGCUUAGGUUCAUAAUCCAGAAAAAAGUAGGUGGGGGAGCUGUGGGGGAAGUAGUUCAUAAAGAAGCCUACUUACGAUGACUGCAGACAGGCAGCAGCCUUUCAGAGUCUCUGAUCUGUCAAAUGGGGAGAAUAUUACAAUGUCUAAUUCAUAUUUGUGGUGAGAGAAGCGAUUGGUAAAUCCCAUAUUCACGUGACUCCGGCUGCACUGCUGAGUAUAGCAUGAGGAGUCAUGUGUAACAGAGCUGUGCUCUUUGGCUCCUGGGCCUUGAACCUUUGUGCCUGUCAUUUCUGUCAGUGUUUCCAGCUUCUUUCAGAAGCCCUUUUUUUGGCCGAAAUCGUUGGUAAACUCUCUACAAACGUUUUCAUAUACCAGGGUCGAAUCACUGUCCGAUUGAGCAGGUUGUAGCAGCCUCUGAAAAUCUUCUUCUUCUCUGUCAAGUGCAGCUGAUAUUGUAAUACUGAGUUGUCGUUUGUUAUGAGGGAAACUCUUGGCAAACCAUAAGUCAAUGUGAGUGGAGCUGACCAGCAGAACUUAAAAAGAGGAGGCUGGAAAAGUAGGUUGAAGCAGAUCUUGAUGUUACCUUUGUGAAAAGCCAAACAGGAAUUUCUCUUUGAUCCCCAAGGUAGGUAGUACUAAUAAUGAUAAAAUUGCAUAGCACUUUAAAUUUGCAAAGGGAUUUACAGAUAUGACAUUGCUUUAUUCCCACAACCACCUUGGGAGGUAGAUGCUCUCAUUAGUCCCAUUAUACAGAUGAGGAAAACAGAGCUGACAAGAAAAGUAAGGGAAUUGCUUCAGGGCAAGUUUAUUGAGUAUGAGGGUGCUAAUAUGGUCAUACCUGCACUUAAGGAAUAUCACUUUAAAAAAAGGAAUAUUACUCUAGGAGCUCUAUGGAGAGUGGCUUGGGAUAGGGAGAGGCUUGAGGCAGAGAGUUCAAUUCAUGGCUUCAAUUAGGAGGCUAUAAAAUGUUGCCAAAUGAGAGCCUAUACUAGAGUAGGUGGUGAGGAGGUGAUAUAGGUAAGAGAUCUCGAGACAAAACAGUAAGGUUUGGCAAGUGAUUGAAUAUGGGAUGUAAUGGAGAGUGAGGAAUGGAUGUAAAGUGGGGGACUAGAAGGCUGGUGGCUCGUUCAGAAGAGGGCUAGUAACUUUUGGGAGCUGGGGCAGAAAUGAAGUUCAGGCAUGGUUAUGAUGAGUUUGAGGUUCCUCUUCACUAGGGAAUUGGUGACACAUGAUUAUAACUCCAACGGAAAUGGGAUAGAUAUCUCAAGAUCCUAGAAAUGAUCAUUAAAUCAAUAUGAGCUGAUGACAUUACCAGUUGAGAGAGUAUGGAGAAAGGAGAGAACUUUAGAGGAUACAACCACAUUUAGAGAGUGUCUUGGAUAGUGAAUGGUGAUCCAGCAAAGGAAACUGAGAAGGCAUGCGUGCACACGCGCACAUACGUGUUCAUACACUUCCUCCCCUACAGUAUCACCUCUUUUUCGCUUUUAUAUUAUGUUAAGUUUAUAUAUAUGUUAUAGUACUAUUUCUAUGAAAGUGACUCCUUUCUUUAUAUAUCCAACUGCAGUUUCAGAGAGGGAGAGAGAUCAGUGCCCUGAAAACUCAGGAGAAAGUGAGUAUGUGGGAGAUGGAGGAUGACAAUGGAGACAGUCGUUAGAGUCCCCCGAAUCAUUCGUGUGGGCAUCCACUUAGCCCAAAUCUGUGCCUUCUCAUCCGGUGAAAUUUUUUGCCCAAAUUUUCCGUUUGCCACGUUGUCUAGAAGUCUUCCUCUGAUUCGUUUAAUGUUUCAAGGAUAAUAACGUGAUGUUAGAUGUUCAUAUGCUAGCCCUCACCAAUCAGUCAACAAGUAUUUGGUGCCUACCACAUGCCAGACUUGAGGAGGACAGACCCAAAAAUGAGACAAUCCUUACUCUCAAGGAGCUUCUGUUCUAAUGAAGGAGACAGUAAGACUACAUGUAAAAAUAAGGUAAGCCUACCUAUGGUGGUGAGGGAGAGGAGAGAAUCAAAAAAGGCUUCAUGUAGAAAAGGCUGAAUUGAGUAUGUGAAGUACCCAAUAUAUCACUAGUUUUGGCAGGCUCUCACUGUAUGCACUUCUCAUGCUAAUCGAACUUAGGUAGGGACCUCCCUGACACUCAUGAGCGUCAAUUUUCUAGCUUUAUUUCCAUCACGUUGCUACCUUAACACACCUGCAGCCUACCUUGGAAUGCCCCUCCUGCUUGGCCUUCUCGGUGCUAUUCUCCCUGCAGCACUUCUUUGGGGGCCUAUGUUGCCCCUAUUUGGUAUUCUUUCCUUUCUGGCCAUAUUUAUAUAUGGCCACAGUGGCAGGAAGUUGUAUCUGCCAGGCCACAUGUGAUUACCAUUCUUUGUAGUCACAGAAUUCCUCAAUAAACAACUGGCACCAGCUGCAAAGUACUUUGUUGGCAUGUCUGUGUAGGAAGUUGGCUUCGUGGCCUCAGUCUCCUUUUGGAAAGCCUUGUGUGCUUUGUAAGAUGUUGAUUUGCCAGAACCAGCAGUUAGGGCAGGCCAGAGGCCCCAAUCAGUAGAGGUUUCAAAAGGUUUUCUGUUGAGGGGCUGUCCUGAAAUAGUGCUUAAAGCCUAGCAGGACAUCCUCGGGACAGGGUGGGUCUUUCAAAAACAGAUAUGUGCUGGGGAAUUUGUUUUCUGCAUAUUAACAUCAGAUAAAGGAAUAAAGAUGAGUUGCUUCUGUAUACUAGAAUGAAGCUGCACCUUAGAAGAUACUAGUUUAUCUUGAGGGGAAAAAUUAUGAACUGAGGAAAAUGGACUUCUCUUUGUUAAUACAUUGGUUCAGAGCUUUGGGAGUUUCGUCGUUUCAGUCUGUCUUGCUUUUUGCCAGGAAUAAAAUGUUUCCUACAUUCGGAUAACAUUUUUCUCAUUUAAUAUUUGCAAUUCAUCCUUUCCUGAUGAAGUUUCCCACCUUAGAACUCGUCUCUUUAUUCUGGUUGUUUAUUCUACUUAUUUUAAACCAGCGCAUACCAUACUUCACUUUUGUAUUGAAAUAAAUGAAUUCAUGCAUUUGCUUUCUUCACAGCAUGAUAGGAUAACAGCUAGAAUAAAAAUAAUCAACCUAAUAUUUCUUGUUGCUGGAAAAUAAUUAUGAGAAUAUUACACAGAGGAAGCCAUGCUUAAAAUAAAGGCUUCAUAUUGCAUUUAAAACUCAAGUGGGACCUUCAAGUAUUCUGUUUAGUAGAAUAAUAUAUCGAUGAACCCGUGGAGAACUAAUUAUGUUGUUUUCACAUGAAUUACAAAUGCAUCAUUUAGCUGCAUUAUUGUCUUACAUGUGUCCUUUGCAAUUAAUAAUCAUUAAAUGUUGGAAUUAUGAAAUUGGAGAUACCAAAAUACAUACUUUUAAAAUAAGCGAUUAAAGUAAAUACAAUGGUUUUCACUUGAGUUUUACAGCUGACCUACAGGGGUUCUUCCCCUCUAUUGCAAACAGAAUGUUCAAAUGUAAAAAAUAUUGUUCUCCUCUUCACCAAAGUACCCCCACAAAAACCACAUUGGGAAUAGCAAGUUCAUUUCUGCCAAUUAUCUCCACUGCUCUUUUUUUGCUAGCUAGGCCUGUGGAUUUAACUCAGAGACAUCUUUGCUCUCCCUCUCCAAAUAGGAAUUUCCCCAAAGCAUAAUAAAGGAUUGUCGAGUUGAUCUAUUGAGGUUUACAGCAUGAUUGAUAGUAAUUAUAUAGAAAUAUAGAAUGUAUAUUAUGUCAUAUAGUUCAUAUGUAUAUCAUAUAUAUAUGUAUAUAAAAUACUUUGUAAUGCACUAAUUCAUUGGUCUACCAAGUCGCAGAUCCUAGUAGGAAUUGAGCACCACAUCAGUCUGUGCAGUGAGCAAUGGGCCAGUUUGGGGGAACUUUUUCCAGGUCAAGUACUCCUGCCUUGAGGAGGCAGUCCAGUCAGCCUGACAGUAGUAGUGCUUGUACUUUAUAUAGCCCUUCCUUUGUAGAUCUUUGGGUGCAUUAUUAUUAAGACAAGGGCAGAGACUGUCUUUUUCACAAUGGAUUGUGCCCCUUGCACCUUAGAUAGUUGCAGAUAUAUUAGAAAGAAUGUCAUAAAUGUAGAAUUGAAAGUAGCAGUUUUAGAUCUGAAUUUGUUGCAUUUUUCCAUUCAAAACCAGCACAGAUAGAACUUGAUUGAUUGCACCAGUAAUAUCUGAAACUCAGCUACAUUAGAAAUCAGACUCCUUGUCUUUUCUUUCCGUAGUCUCUAUUCCUGUUAUUGGCAUCACCAUCUUUUUACUGCUCCAUACACUUAAGUCUAGAUGAGUCAUCUUUGACUCAUCACUCUUAUGAGCCAGCCUCUAAUCUACGGAAUCAUUAAAUUGUGCUCACUUUUCCUCUAAAUGCCUCUUGCAUCCUUUUUUGUUCCCAUUGCCACUAACUACCUUCAUUGAGGCCCUUAUUAUCUGUCACUUUACAGUCACCCCCUCACUGGUCUGCCUACUCUCAAUAUAUUCCUCUUCCUUUCUCCCAGACAUACUACUAACAGAGCAAUCAUCCUUUCAUUUUUCUGCUUAGAAAUCUUCAGAAUAAAGCCCAAACUCCUUCCUCUGGCAUACAAGGCCUCUGCCUUCUGAUCCCUACAGGAUGGAAUUGCCUUAUCCCCUGUUAAUUUCCAUCAUGUACUCUAUGCUAUAGGCAAAGUAGUCUUAAUGAAUGUUCCCCCCAAACCCCUUCCAAGGCAGUUCAAAUGCUUGGGAAAGAAGAACAGAGUUGUUGAAUGUAAUAGUUUCCCUUCAUCUAAAAAGACCAGAAAUUGAAUAAAAUCAGACCUAGUCUGUAAAUCAUUCUUUUUUUUUUAAUUUUAAACAUUAUUUUAUUUGGUCGUUUUCAUACAUUAUUCACUGGAAACAAAGAUCAUUUUCUUUUCCUCCCCCCCCACCACCUUUCCCUCUCCCAUAGCCGACGCACGAUUCCACUGGUUAUCACAUGUGUUCUUGACUCGAACCCAUUUCCCUGUUGUUGGAAUUUGCAUUAUAGUGUUAAUUUAGAGUCUCUCCUCAGUCUUAUCCCCUCCAACCCUGUAGUCAAGCAGUUGCUUUUCAUCGGUGUUUUUACUCCCACAGUUUAUCUUCUGCUUGUGGAUAGUAUUUUUUAGAUCCCUGCAGGUUGUUCAGGGACACUGCUUUGACACUAAUGGAGAAGUCCAUCACCUUCGAUUGUACCACAAUGUAUCAGUCUCUGUGUACAAUGUUCUCCUGGUUCUGCUCCUUUCGUUCUGCAUCACUUCCUGGAGGUUGUUCCAGUCUCCGUGGAACUCCUCCACUUUAUUAUUCCUUUGAGCACAAUAGUAUUCCAUCACCAACAUAUACCACAAUUUGUUCAGCCAUUCCCCAAUUGACGGGCAUCCCCUCGUUUUCCAAUUUUUGGUCACCACAAAGAGUGCAGCUAUGAGUAUUCUUGUACAAGUCUUUUUCCUUAUUAUCUCUUUGGGGUACAAACCCAGCAGUGCUAUAGCUGGAUCAAAGGGCAGACAGUCUUUUAUCACCCUUUGGGCAUAGUUCCAAAUUGCCCUCCAGAAUGGUUGGAUCAAUUCACAGCUCCACCAGCAAUGAAUUAGUGUACCCACUUUGCCACAUCCCCUCCAGCAUUCAUUCCUUUCCAUAGCUGUCAUGUUAGCCAAUCUGCUAGGUGUGAGGUGAUACCUCAGAGUUGUUUUGAUUUGCAUCUCUCUGAUUAUAAGAGAUGUAGAGCACUUUUUCAUGUGCUUAUUAAUAUUUUUGAUUUCUUUGGCUGAGAACUGCCUGUUCAUGUCCCUUGCCCAUUUGUCAUUUGGAGAAUGGCUUGAUUUUUUGUACAAUUGAUUUAGUUCUUUAUAAAUUUGAGUAAUUAAACCUUUGUCAGAGGUUUUUAUGAAGAUUGUUUCCCAAUUUGUUGCACCCUUCUGAUUUUGGUUACGUUGGUUUUGUUUGUACAAAAACUUUUCAAUUUGAUGUAAUCCAGAUUAUUUAUUUUGCAUUUUGUGACUCUUUCUAAUUCUUGCUUGGUUUUGAAGUCUUUCCCUUCCCAAAGGUCUGACAUGUAUACUAUUCUGUGUUCGCCUAAUUUUCUUAUAGUUUCCUUCUUUAUGUUCAAGUCAGUCACCCAUUUUGAAUUUAUCUUGGUGUAGGGUGUGAGGUGUUGAUCUAAACCUAAUCUUUCCCACACUGUCCUCCAAUUUUCCCAGCAGUUUUUAUGAAAUAGUGGAUUUUUGUCCCAAAAGCUGGGAUCUUUGGGUUUGUCAUAUACUGUCUUGCUGAGGUUGCUUGCCCCCAGUCUAUUCCACUGAUCCUCCUUUCUGUCUCUUAGCCAGUACCAAAUUGUUUUGAUGACCGCUGCUUUAUAAUAUAGUCGGAGAUCUGGGACUGCAAGACCCCCUUCCUUUGUAUUUUUUUUCAUUAUUUCCCUGGAUAUCCUUGAUCUUUUGUUCUUCCAAAUGAACUUUGUUAUGGUUUUUUCUAAAUCAGUAAAAAAACAUUUUGGAAGUUCCAUGGGUAUGGCACUAAAUAGAUAGAUGAGUUUGGGUAGGAUGGUCAUUUUUAUUAUAUUGGCUCGUCUUACCCAUGAGCAGUUAAUGUUCUUCCAAUUGUUCAAGUCUAGUUUUAGUUGUGUGGAAAGUGUUUUGUAGUUGUGUUCAUAUAGAUCCUGUGUUUGUCUCGGGAGAUGCACACAUACACACGUUAUGGACAAGUCAUUUGUUAAAAAUGAGCUAUAAGUAACCUUAAGUGUUUUAAAUUGCUUCAAAAAUUAUAAUAGUUAAGCUAAAUAAGUAGCCAGCAACUAUUCAAAUUUAAGAGUCUUAGAAUUUUUGAGUGAGCCAAGCCCUCUGAGAUGUCUGCUUGACACACGUGAAGAAAGGCCAUGAAGUGAAAUGACAGGGCCUAGGUUCAACCCACUUUCUGCUGCCUUAGCACCUCUGGCUCUUGAGCAAGUCAUUUCACUUUGCUUGGCCUCAGUUUCUUUAUUUUUAAAAUAAGAAUGUCAGACUAGAUGAUUUUGACAGUUCUGUCCAACCCCAAGACCUUAGGCCAUAGGUCUCCCUAAUUGUGGAAAAUAAGGCUUAGAAAGGAGUAAGCAACUUGAUCAUUCCUCCAGGUCAGUUGGUGGCACAUUUGGAAUUAGAAUCCAGGUCUACUACCUCUUUCCAAGACAUUGUAAGGAAGAAGCACAGACUUCCCAACCAUUCUCAUCUCUUCUCUGGUUGCAUUGCACUGAUGCUAAUAAUAAGUGCCCCCACUGAUAUAGCACUUAAAGGUUUACUACAACCCUUUGGAGGCAAGUAUUCUGAGCUUUAUUGGCUUUUUUUAUGGAUGAAGAAACCAAGUCAUUGAAAGGUUCAUUGACUUCCUCAUGGCCACAAAACUGAUGAGUGUCAGAAGCCCAAAGCAAACUCUACUGUCUUCCCUUUUCAUACAUCUCUUCAGGGCAUGAAUUUUCACUGGUUCAGGGAGUAAAGAUGAGCUCCAUUAUAGGAAGAAGAAAUUGCAGGCAAGGACCCAAUCGAGAUGGGAAGGAAAACAAGGUGAAGACAAAAACCCAGGAACAUAAUGGAAGCAAGGGAAAGGAAGUCAGUUUCUUCAGAUUAUUCACCACUGUAGUUAGCUGCUUUGUUCUUCUUCAUUGAAGUCGAGCUGGGCUUCCUUUUUCUGGCAUUAUAUGGUUCCAGAAUGCUCUGUAGCUCACUGGCCCUGAAUGGCUGCAUACCAAUGAUGCACUCAUGGCAUUCCUAACACAAGCCCUGGGAACUAACAAGUUCCCUGGGAGUGAGCUUUAGAAAGAUUGAAUUCUGUCCCGGAAAGUUGGAAUGUCGUAUUCCACUUCCUUGCCUUUGAGGUACUUGUAUGUAAGAUGGCAUCUCUACUCAUCUUCGCACUGACCAUUUAUUUGACUUGACUCCUCCCUGUCAUUCUCCUGAUCCUGCCAUAUAACAAAGAAGUUACUGUGUUGAGUGGUUCUCUGAACUCAUAGGACUUUGUUAAUGAUUUUACUCUACCUGUUUCUUUUUGCAUUUGGUCUAAAAGCAUGUGCCGCACAUCCUGCCUCCACCCUAAGGCACUCCCCUACAGGGGUAGUAGGGCACUGAGCUCAGGGGCCUGAUGGAGUCCUGCAGCGGGGUGAGAAAUAAGGAGAUCACUGUCCUUGAUGCUCUCCCCACUCUCAAGGCAGAGGGAGAAGUGAGAAAGUAAGUUUCAGAAUUGAUGUGAUCCUGAAAAGGAUGAUGGCUCCCACCUUACCUUUGUAGCUUUUACUUCAUAACUCUCUGCCAAGCUUUCUACUCACCGGUCAUUUUACCUACCUCUGUGUUUCCCAAGAAGAAUCUUGGCUUCUCAACCUUGGCUCAUACUCUCACCUAUGUUUGCAAUGACCUCUAUCUCCACUUCUUGCUUGACCUCUUGAAUUCCUGCUCAUCCUUUAAGGCCAACAUAAAUAUGCCCUCUUUCAGGAAUCCUCCCUAGAUCUCCUGUCACUAAUGACCCUACCUAGACCUCAUGUAGCUUUCUAAUUCACUUCUCGUAAAAUAAUAUCUGUUGUCAUUGUUAUUGUUGAUGUUUUAUCCCUCUACUAGUCUGUGAGAUCUGCAAAGGCAAAGGUGGUGUCUUCUCUAAACUUUCUAUUCCAGCUGCCUUAGCAUAGUACUCUGUCAGGAAAUCUUUGAUGACUUGGAGGAAAAACCAGAUUACUUCUCUCCAGUGGUUUCACCAGUUGAAACAAGUUACUUUACUUUCUGCUUUUUGCAGAUGUCUUGGGGUUGAGAUGAAAGGAAUAGAUUAUGGGUCUUUUGUCAGUAGUCAUAUUGCCACACCUGCACGGUACCUUCCUUUCCUCCCGCUCUACCCCCUUUAUUUUGGAUUUUAUACAUUCUCUCAAUCUCAACUCAACUGCCACCUUUUCUAUGAAGCUUUCAUCCCCCAUAUGGGGAAUGAUCCUUAUCUUCAGACCUCAUGUGGCACUGUGCUUUGAAACUCUUUGACACAUUAAGUAAUAUUGUUUAUUAGCAAUCUAUGUUUGCAUCUUAUCCCCUAUUGGAUUGUCAGAUCUAUGCUGUCAUCUAAAUUUAUCUUUGCCAUAUAGCUCUCCUGAACUCCAGUCCCCCAUUACCAUCUGCUUGUUGGACAUUUCCACCUUCAUAUCCCAUUGACGUUUCAAAUUCAGCUUUUCUGAAAUGGAACUUAUAUUUCUCCUCCAGCCCAUGCCUCCUCCAAGUCUCUUCUCUCUCCUUUCCCCAACCUAAUGAGUUACAAAUCUUAUUGAUUUUCCUUCAUUGUAUCUGUCUCAUCUUCAUUCAUAGAACUCCUGUUCUUAUUCAGACCAUCAUCAUCUAUCUGUUGCCUAGAUCCUUGGAGAAGCCUUCUCCUUGUUCUCCCUGCUUGCAGUAUCUCCCUCCUCCAAUCCAUCCUGACAAACUUAUUCCUAAAGCACAGGCAUAACACUCUUACCCCUCGUCUUAAAAAUGCUUGGUGUCUCCCUACUGUCAGAUACAGUACAGAAUCCCCAGUCUGACAUUUAAUACUCUCCAUCAUCUGACUCACUUCUCUGUCUUAUUUCAUUCAACUCUACUUAACCCAUAUUAUUGUGCUCAUUUAUUCUGAAUUCAUUCAAAGUUUCCUGUGCACAAUACUCCAUCUCCCACCAUAAUGCCAUUGCGUAGGAGGCUUCCUAUGUUUAUAAGGUAAUAUUCCUAUCCUUCUUCCUCUUAGAAUCCAUAACUUCCAUCAAAGGACAGCUCAUGAUUAUUGUUCCAGAGCUGUCCAAGGAGUGAGGGUAUUGGGGGUGGGGAAGGAAGGGGGGCAAGAAGGUAAACUAGAACACUGAUAUCAAACAAAAUAGAAAUGAAUCACUAAAGGCCAAGUAGAAUGACUUAGAAAACCACAAAUUAACAUUAACUACAUCACAUUAUUUUUUUUAAUUUUGUUAAACAUUUCUCAAUUACAUUUUAAUCUGGCUUGGUCCCCAUUCAGGAGUUGUGCUGCAGCAAGUUUGAAAGUCUGGUUUAGAAUAUGAAAUGCCACUGUGGCUAACUGGAUAUAUUCAUAUGUUAUUUUCACCAAUCUGUUCAAUGAGGCCCCAGAGUACUAACCAGAGAGUUUAGCGCACCCCCCCCCCAAGGUAUGGCCUUUAGUCCAGAAAGUUUAGCAACAGGUAGGUGACAAGCUUCACAUCAUUAAAAAGGUUGAGUUGAGCGUGAAGGAGACCAGAAAUCUCCAGAAGCAAAGGGAAGGAGGAAAUAUAGUUGUAUAUGUAAUAUGGGAUGAUCACCUGUAUAUGAGGAAUGGACUGCCAGUGUGAAGGUCCGUUUGGGCAUAUUUUGAAUAUGGAGAGGGAGAGAAUGUCUAAUAUAGCGGGGAAAGUAGGAUGCAGCCAGUUGGAAGCUUUAAGUGCUAAGCAGAGGAAUUUUUCUUUGUUCUAGAGGAAUUACAGAGCCCCUAGAGCUUACUGAGAAGAGUGGUGUGAUAGGAUCAGAUCUGCAUUUUAGGAAAAUCAUUUUGGUAGCCUUGUGGCAGGUGGACUGGCAAGACUAGAGUCAGGAAGGCCAAUGAAGACACUAAUGCAAUAGUCCAACCAAAAGGUAAUGAAGACCUGAACUAAGGUGAUGGCCAUGGGUAGAAAAAAGGAGAUAGAUGUGAGAGAUGUUAUAGAGGUAGAAAAUGAAAGAUUUGGCAACCAAUCAGGUAUGUGGGUUGAAUGAAAGUAAAGAGUCAGAUGACACUACAGUUGGGAACCUGGGUGAAUAGGAGGAUAGUGGUACCCUUGACAGACAUGGGGAAACUUGGAAAAGGAAUGGGUUCAGGGAAAUGAUGAUGUUUGUUUGGAUGGAGCAUUUUGAAUUUGACUUUGUUGUGCCAACAGAAUGUUCAGUUCAGCAUACUAGAGCAAAAUAUAUAGAUCUUGUAUAGAGUUCCCUAUACCACUGAAAUCAUAAGUCUGGGUGUCUUCCCUCUCCCCUCCUUCACCCCACCCCAAAAUUGCUUUGUCUUUACUUUGCUCUAUCGUCCCCCAAUAGACUGCAUGCUUUUUGAGGCAGGAUCUUAAGUCCUCUAGAAUGUUUGUCUGGUUUUGUUUUUCUUGUAGCCAGGUGAGUCUUGGUAAGAAAUGAGGCAUUUUUUUGGUAAGAAAUGCCAUAUUUACUGUAUCUCCCAUCAAUAAGAAUUGGAAUUGGUCUCAGAGACUGAUACCUGGUUAGCUGGCAUUUUAGAUAGAAUGUCAAGUGUAUUUUUAAGGAAGAAAACCAAAUGAUCUGCAUUUCUGUUUUUUGAACUGAAGAUGGGAUUUGAAGGAAUGAACUAGAUAAAAGUUUUUGUUUUUUUUUCCAGGAUUGUUAUGUACAUGAUAGUCGGUUAAGGCUACUAAUAGAUACAUUGACAAAUUCAACAAAGUUCUUAUAAUUGGAACAAUCCAGGACAUCAAAUCCUUGUCCUAUGGUACGUUCCUUAAGUGUUAACUCGGUGGGUCAGAUGUGAGAUUGUCUCUGAGAGUCUGAGAUGCCUUAUCCCUACCAAAGGCCCUUCAGGAUUCCUUGGAAAUGAAUAACUCUAUAUUUCCUCUUUUUUCCCCUGAUGACUGAUGCUGCCCUUUCUCUUCUAUGCCACAUCUGUUUCAGUAGCAACAUCAUUACGGGGGUGACACUUGUAAUGUUGUGCCAUGAUACUGACAACAAUGACUUUCAGCCAGUGAAAGGGCAUCCAUCAUGAGGGAACACAGGUGAACAAUCCAAGGCACAGCAGCCACAUUAUCAAAGGCACUGAUCAGCUGGAAUCACAAGCGCUUAUUCUAGACAGGAUUUGUUUCAUGUUGUUCGGUUGUCUAGCCCUUUCCUCCUCCUCAAAACAAGUGGUCUUUAAUAAUCUCCUUCUUUAUGUAGGUGACCAUCUCAGAGUUUGGGGUAUGGGCUCCAAUCCCUUCAGAGCUUUUGGAAGCCAUUUGGAUGGCAUGUAAAGAAUGAGCGUAUGCAGUGCUUAAUACAGAAAGGUCAAUUCUGCCAUAGUGACCACUGAAGCAUAAUGUGGCAAAUGAGGGCCUUUUUUUCAACUCAUCCAUCUGGAAACAUUUGAACUUCCCUUUUCAAGAAGUUGCAGAAUUUCACAUCUGUUGUAUCCUUACUGAAUAGCAGGGUAAAGCUGACUUUACACCUGUGCCAACUGAUUGAAAAUGCCAAAGACUUUGUCGAAAAAAUGGUAAUAGGCAGUUUUAGCUGGCAGCAGAUCUCACUUGUCAGUGCCCUUCCUAAUUAUUAUGAUCUAAGCUGGUUGAAAACUGAUAGAGCUCCAUUUCUCUGAAGUUCUUCAUUAUUUGAGGGAAUGGACGGUUUCAAUUAGGGUUAGCUCUCCCAAGUUGUGGGAUUUGGCUUAAAAGGCUUUAUUUCCUUCCCAGUACUUGAAAAUCAUAAUUGGGGGGUUCUUUUUUAAGGGAAAAAGGGGUCAUUGAAAUCACCGUAUGUGUCUCUUCCACAAGGUAUGUCUUUGGUUUACAGCCUGCUGAGUUCUAUAUAUUCGGUUUCAAUUGUGUAGCUAGUGAAUAAAGGAGAAAUAAGACUGAAACAUGAGGAGGUGGUCAAUCUUUUAUUGGUUUGUCUGAUUAUAAUUGUAAGGAAGCUAACAUUUUUAUUGGAUACCCCUUGCCCAUUCUGUGGAAGUUAACUAGCUGAUAACUUUUGUAAUCUCAGGAUUAGCCAAUCAUCCUAGUCAUUUGGUGUAAUUCCAGCAAGGACUUCUGAUAAAGGCCUGUCACUUCCCUAUGCAGAAAACCUUCUAUAGUACCCCCAUCAUCUAUUGGAUUAAGUCAGUACUCCUAAUCCUGGCUUUCAAAGAUCAAUGUCUCCUCUGAAAAUUUCCAAUACCUAGAAUCUGUGCCUUUCACACUAUAAUACUUGUGUGCAUGCUCUAUCUCCCAGAAUCAAUUGUAAGCUGCAGGGCAGACCUAUAUAUAGUAUUCCCUGCCAUCAUCAUGUAAUUUAGAUAAUCAAAUCUUCUGCACAACAAAAAGGGGUCUUUAAUUUCAAACAUUUUUAAAAACUGGUUAUAUUGCAAUUGGGAGGAAUUUCAUCACAGUACUUGGACUUAGUAUAACUUAUAUUCAUGAUGACAAGUUAAUUAUUAGUAUUUACUAUCAAAAAGAAGUAUGAAUUGUCUGGUUUUUGGGAUUUUGAAAGAUGUAAAAAAUUGUGACUUUUUAACGAGAGGACAGAUAGCUAUAAUCAAUCAGGAAGCAUUUAUUAAGUGCCGGCUACAUGUGAGUCACUGCUCUAGGUACUGGUAAGACAAAGGCAAAAAUAAAACUGUCCCUGCCUUCAAGGAGCUUCUGCUGCACAAGUAUUUGGUGAAUAAAUACCAAUGAUAACCAGUAUAGCUGAGGGAGGAGAGGACCAACUCUGUGUCAAAAGUAGUGCUCAAGCUGAGUUUUGAAAGAAAUAAAGGCUUCCGCAAGUGUUCUACCGGAAGAAAGAGUACAUUGAAAACAUAGGGAUAGCCAGAGCAAAGGAGAUGGAGAGCCUUGUGGGAAGAAAGGCCAUCAGGCCAGUUUGACUGAACCAGAGAGUGAAUGAAGGAAAGUAAUGUAUCGUCUGGUUAUCUGGGGAUCAGUUGUGAGAAUGAACUUAAAAGCUCAAUGAGAGGAGCUUACAUUUGAUCGUAGAGGCAACAGAGAACCACUGGAGUUUGCCAAGAAGGGGAAUAACACAGACAGACCAGCACAUUAAGAAAAUCUCUUUGGCAGCUAUGUGAAUGAUGGUCUGAAAGUACAGGGAGAUUUGGACCUUGGUCUCAAAUGGAGAGACUAUUGUGGUAGUCCAGGCAAGAAAUGAUGAAGUUCCCAACUAAAGUGGUAGUUUUGAGAGUAGUAACAAGGGGUCAGAGGUGAAUGACGUUGUGAAUGUAGAAUUAUAACAGUUCAUCAACUGAUUAGACAUGUGGUUAAGUGAGGAGACGAGGAAUAAAACCAAGAUUGCCCACUAGAAUUGUGACAAAGACGGUGAUGUCCUUUUUAGUAAUAAAAGUUCAAGGGACUCAGUGGGCAGAGAGCCAGGCCUGGAGAUGGGAGGUCCUGGGUUUCUCAGACACUUCCUUUGGCUGGCUUUGUGACCCUGGUGGUGGGGUGAGAGGUACGUACAUUGGCUGUUUGAUAGAUACACACAUACAUAGAUUUGUAUGGAUAUCAUUAAAGCUAUAGGAGUUAAUGAAGUGGAAGAGGAGAGAGAGAGAGAGAGAGAGAGAGAGAGAGAGGAGCUCAGAAAGGUUAGAGGUCCUCCUAGGCCUCAGUUAGGAGACACAGUAGAGAUGAAAACCCAGAAAAGGGGAUUAAGCAGAGUAGUCAGGUAGGAGAGAGAACCAAGAAAGUAGUAUAACCAAAACAGAGAUGAAAGAGUAUCUAGGAGGAAAAGGUGCUGCAGAGGAUGGCCAGGUGGCUUGCACUUUCAUCUGGGAAAACCAGUUUCUUUCAAUGUUAGAAGAAGAGAGCACCAAUGAAAGCAAGUUUGUAAAUUCCAGCAUGGGAAUUCCGGAGGGCACCAUAGGAAGGGUACGCAGAGUUAGAGUAGGACAGGAGAGGAAUAGAAUUUAGGAGGACAGAGAAGAGAGCAUAUGAGCCGACAAUUAGCACUUGGGGGGAAGGUGAAGGUUUGAUUUUUCAGGCUUUGGGUCUCUCGGUUUGGGAUUGGAGAAAGCUAGAGUUUAGAUGGAUCUCUUUUUCAUGUUUAAAAAGUCACAAAACAAGCAAUUUUCACUUAGAGACUUGAAUACUAUUCUGACAGCUUCUUCCUCCUAGGUCGAUUAUCUUAAUAUUCCAUUACAUUAGGCUGACAGUUUACCGCUUACAAAGGACUUGAGUGUCCACUCUCUACUUUGUUCCUUCUAAAGUACACAAGAGUAGUCGGGGCCAGUAUGAUCACAUUCGUUAGACAUUUGUUGAAACUGAGGCUGAUGGUGGUGAAGUGACUUGCCUAAAGUCACACAGUUAGUAGAGGGCAGAGCCUCCCUACUCUAAGUGCCAUGCUUUAUUUUACUAUGACAUCUUGCCUUCCUCGUGUGUUUAUAAGAACUAGAAGUUGGAAGCCAAAAGUGAUGGCAUUGUUUUGGCUCCAUUUAAUUUAAAUGAAGAGUGGAGGAGAUGAAGUUAGAAAGAAAACUUUUCUCUGGCCUCUCCCCACUUCCAACCAACCUCAACCAAUUUACUUAGUUAGGGAUUGCCCGUCCUUUCCUCCUUGUGAGGCCUUAAAAUGCAGCUAUUCUGAGCAUCUGAGAUUAUAAAUGAAGGAAAUUGAAACUUACUACCAUGUGUACUGAUUACUUUGAGUUUCCUGACCUUUGUCAGAACUAAUGAGAUUACGGAUCUGGCCUAGAGAACAGAUAGAGAUGAUCAUAGACUUGCCUGAUUUCCAAGGUGAGGAGCCUUAUUAAAAAAAAAAAAGAUAAUGAUGCCCACAAACCUAGAUGCCUUGUUUCAUUCACUGCCUUUAUUUCCUUCACCCCUCUCCUGUUUAGAGUUUAAUAAAACAAAAUCAUUUGGGGCCUCAAAGUGACAGAAACAAAGAGCUAUUAGCUAUGGUUUUGUCCUUGGAAUGCAAUCAUUUCUUAUCUAACAGAGUUGUGCUUCCAGGGCUUAAACUCCCUGUUAGAAGGGUCCAGCUUGCUGGGUAAUUAGUGAAAAAGAUCACCUUUGAAAGCUAAUUGAGGCCAAGGUCCUGGUUUUUUUCUCUGCAGCUUUUCAUUGUGCAUAUUGAAACCAAUUAGUCGUUUAGGACAUCCAAAUGAGAAAGGCCUACUCCAGUUAUGUGAACUCUGUUCGCUAAGGGUCACAGUCAAGUGUGAGAAAUCAUCUGGGGCCAAUCUAGAGGCAUUUAUAAAAGUAUCUCUUAGGCAGUAUCAGAAAGAAGAUGGAGGCACCCACCACCCUUUCUCUUGGGAAUUUAAAGCCUUGGUGGGCAGACAAGAUGUACACAAAUGAAACAAUUAGACAGUAGUAGACUGGAAGAGACCAUCUAGCUUUGGGACUCUCACUUGGUUUGCAUCUCAGAAAUGCUAACCGUGGUGGUAUAAUUGUAAAUGCCUAGAGGAAUUCAAAAAGGAGGGAGGUCGGGGCCAGCUUCCUGAGGUCCGAUUGGCAGUCAAAGAACCUGAAUUCAAAUCUUUGCUCUUCCAAUUGCCAGUGCCCUGACCCUGAACAAGUUGCUUCUCCUCCCAGAAACUCCGUUUCCUUGCCUGCAAAUUGAGGGGCUUGGACUGGAUGGCCACUAAAUUCCUUUCCAUUUCUAAAUUUGUGCUCUUAUGGUCCAUGUAGGCAGGAAGAAUCCAAAGGCCUUUUGGAAGCAUUUAACUGCCUGCUUUGUGUAUGCCUAUACAAACUUUGGUGUUUCAGCUGGCUUCAAUCCGGUCUGGCUGGCAUUGAGAGUCUCAUACCUUGAUUUCUUCUUCAUACUCAUUCAGAGUAACCGAGAUCAAGUUAGCACAGAGACACUUCAGGGUCUCGGGGAAAGAACACUAGAGUGGAAAAUGCCAAACCUGGGUUUAAGUGCUGGCUCUGUCACUUGCUAGCCAAGUGACCAAGGGCAAGUCAUUGACCCUUGAUGAGCCUCAGUAUUCUCUUUUGUAAAAUGGACAUCCUGUGAACUCCUCAAAGACAUGGUCUGUCUUGGUCUAUCUUUGUAUCCUCAGAGCUUCACACCAUGUCUGGUGCAUAGUAUGCAGUUAAUAAGUGUUUAUUGACUAUUAUCUGACUUACAGUGUUUUAAAUCAUACCUUUGGUGCUGGAAACAGCCUCAAAGGCAAUUUAAUCCAACCCUGCAGCCCUACUUCCAUGUCUUUUGCACAGAUGAAGAAACUGAAUGAGUGGCUAACCCGGAUUUGAAUUUAGGUCAAUUCAUUCUUAAUCUGUAGCCCCUUGUCAAUGUGCUGUGUACCUGUCUUUUUUUACACCUUCUGUCUUGGAAUCAAUACUGUGUAUUGGUAUCCAAGGUAGAAGAGUGGUGAAGGCUAGGCAAUGGGAGUUAAAUGACUUGCCCAGGGUCACAAUGCUAGGAAGUAUCUGAGGCCAAAUUUGAACCCAGAGCCUUCUGUCUCUAUUCCUGGUUCUCUAUCCACUGUGCCACCCAGCUACUCCUGAUGUGUGCCUGUCUUAGCAAUAGUCAGUCAUUCAAUAAAUUUUUAUUCAGGGUCUAUCUACAAUGUGCCAGGUGAUGUGCUAGAUGCUGAAGACACAAAGAGGGGCAAAAAACGGUCCCUAUUCUCAAGGAGCUGACAAUCUAAUGGAAACAACAUAGAAAGAAGUAUUUCCAAACAAGUUACAUACAGGAUAAAUAAUUGAGAGGGAAGUAAUUAGAAUGAAGUGGGGUUGGGAAAGGUUUCCUCUAGAAGAUGGGAUUUGAAGGAAGCCAGAUGGGUAGAAUGAGUUGAGGAGAAAGAACAUUCCAGGCAUGGUAGACAGCCAGAGAGAAUACUGGGAGCUCAGAGAUGGCAUGUCUUGGUCCUUAAAUGACCAAGAAGACCAGUGGCACUGGAUCAAAGAUUAGAGAAUAAAGAAAACUUGGAGGGAACACCUGAGUGGCUCAAUGGAUUGAGAGCCAGGCCUGGAGACUAGAGGUCCUGAGUUCCAAUCUGGCCUCAAUCAUUUCCUAGCUAUGUGACCCUGGGUAAGUCACCUAACCCCCACUGACGUACCACUCUUCUGCCUUGGAACCAAUACACAGUAUUGAUUCUAAGAUGGAAGAGAAGAGUUUAAGAAAAAGAAGACUGGGGAGACAGGGAAAGAGGUACAGAGAGAAGGCUAGAUUAGAAUGUCUAAUGCAGGACUUUGUAUUUAAACCUGAAGGUGACAGGCAGCCACCAAAUUGUCAAAAGAAAUGCCACAACUAUGCAGUAGAGAAGUAAAAGAAAAUGAUUAAUGGGAAAGUAUAUGUGAGGAGGGGAGGGGAGGAAGGCUGCAGGAAAACAUAAAUAUACGGAUACAUACCUAUGUACCUGUGUGCAGUUUUUUUCUCUUAUACAGACACAUUUUUCCCCAGCAGGCACAAAUGCAGUGACGAGUUUGAGGGUUCUUUCCUCACUCUGAGUUUUUAAAGGCAGCUGUCAAGACAUGUGCCGUUAUCUCCUUUCUAACAGGUUGGCAUUAGUAAAGUUACCACCUUUAGAUCCAGAUAAGUGGUCGUCGUUCGGUUAUGUCCAAGUCUUUGUGACCACAUGGGCCAUAGCUCACCAGGCCCUUCUGACAUCACUAUCCUUCGAAGUCUGUCCAAGCUUGUUUGUUGCUUCCUUCAUACUAUCUGUCUCUUUCAUCCUCUGUUGUCUCCUUUUCCUUUUGCCUUCAAUCUUUCUGAGCAUCAGGAUCUUUUCCAAUGAGUCCUGCCUUAUUCAUCAUGUGGCCAAAGUAUUUAAGCUUCAGCCUCAGUAUUUGACCUCUUCAGUGAAAGUUGAUUUGGCAAAAGGCACGUUUCCUCUAAAUUGUAAAUAAUUCCAUUGGGUUUGUUUUGUUUUGAAGGUGGGAUGGAGCAGGGAGGGAGAGGAUUAUAUACUUGUUGCCUGAGUAAAUGGGUCACAUCUUUAGUGCCGGCAUGUGCCCUUCUCUGGUUGACAGGGCAUUUUAUUGAAAAUAAGGGCCUUGGUAAAUGAAAUAGCUAACGACGCUUUAGUUGUGCAUCACUCGAGUUACUGUAGAAGAUGGGAUUUCUUUUGUAGGAGUUAAUUGCUAAAAAUUAGAAACAUAGCAAAGGGCUUGCUCUGUUGAAACUUUUUAAGUUAUAAAUAAAACAUGCAAAGGCUUAAUACUCAAAAAAUGACCGUAUCUUUAUUGAUUUGAUCUCCUUGCUGUCCAGGAGACUCUCAAAAGUCGUCUUCAGCACCACACUUUGAAAGUGUCGAUUCUGCAGUGAACUUUCCUUAUGGUCUAGUUCUCACAGUCACACGGUACUCCUGGAAGAACCAUGGCUUUGACUAUACUGACCUUUGUCAGCAAGGUGAUGUCUCUGAGGCUUUUAGUAUGCUGUCCAGAUUUGCCAUGGCUUUCCUUCCAAGGAGUGAGCGUCUUUUAAUUUCAUGGCUGCAGUCACCAUCUGCAGUGAUCUUUGAGCCCAAGAAUAGGAAAUCUGACACUGCUUCCAUUUCUUCUUUUUCUAUUUCCCAGGAAGUGAUGGGACCAGAUGACAGGAUCUGAAUUUUUUUGAUGUUGAGCUUCAAGCCAACUUUUAUAGUCUCCUCUUUCACCCUCAUCAAGAGGCUGUUUAAUUCCGUUUCAUUUUCUGCCAUCAGAGUGCUAUCAUCUGCAUAUCUGAGAUUAUUGAUAUUUCUCUCAGCAACCUUCCUUUCAGCUUUGGAUUCAUCCACCCUAGCAUUUCACACGUGUACUUUGCAUAAGGUGACAGUACUCUUAAGCCAAUCAGUUGUUCUGUCUUCAGUCCUAGGUCUUGCCAGAUGAGAAAUGAAUGUCCAAAAGAUGGAACUGAGAAUGUACUUGUUGGUGUUCCUGGAGAUCCACAAGACAGCUUCUCUCUGUUUCACCUGGGACAAAUUACUUCUGGGCUUCAGUGUCUCCUUCCAGGCUUCUUCUUUUCAAGUCCACAGAUUUUUUGCAGGGGCUUAGAGUGCUCUAAGAAGCCACUGUGCUAGGUUCUGUUAAGAUCAAGGCAAGGCAUUCGUGUCCUCAGGGAGCCUGCAUUAUAGGAGAGACUAUAUGUAUACAAAAAGGAAAAAUGACGACUAAAGGAAAAUUUGAAGAAAUAGGGCACUACCACCUGGGGAGAUGGGGCAGUACCCUUGGUAGACUUGAAGGAGGCUCAUGAUUUUGGAAGAUUCAAAAUGAGCAAGCAAGCUGCACGUUCUAGACCUGAGGAAAACCACCACUGGGGGCUCUAGCGAUGAUCUAGAAAAAUUUUUCAGAAGGGCAAGAUUCAGAACUCAGGAACCGAUUUUGUGAGUCAUAUGUCUUAAGCUUCUUGAGUGAGAUAUCAGUUGACUCACAUUUUAUUAACACUAUUAAAAAAAAUUAAGCACAUCCAUGUUUUUCUCUGAAGCCCACAUACAGUGUUCUGUUCAACACAAGUUGUUGGGACAAAUCAACAUCAUUUGCCUAACAGAAUGGUACAACUUCUUUCUUUGGAACCAGGGGUUGGUCCCAAUCUCCCCAAGUAUUUCCCGGGCCCCUGGAAGGGCAGUGGGGCUCUUCCAGAUGUACAGAGUCAAGAAUUCCCUUGAGAGAAUUUAGGUGAGUUUUCCCUCAGGGAGUUAUCUCCACACCAACCUCCUUCCCCUAGACUUAGGUUUUAUUAAGUGCCUACUGUAAAACCGGGUACUGUACUAAGCCAUGGGGAUACGAAAGGGGGUUCCUUUCCUCGAGGAGCUUGCAGUCCGAUGGAGGAGAUGACAUGCAAAUAGCCAUGUAAAAGCAGGUCUAAUGUCAGAAUCAAUUGGAGGUGAUCUUGGAGGGAAGACUCUAAGAUAGAAAGACAAUUCACCAACCUUUCACGGGUCUAGGCACGUGGGAGAGAGGACAGUGGCUGUAGUCUGAGCAGAUUUCUCUACAAAUGCAAAGAAUUUACUAUUGAGUGCCAAUUAGCUAUGGAUUUUGCUCUGUGGUGCUGCUGCACACUAAGUCCAGACCCCAGGCAGCCUCUUCCCCACAUGUGGUAGGCAGGUCUCUGUUCCACACCCCCCACCUCCCCCAAAUCUGCCACAUAAGCUGCCCUAUUGGAAUGUAUUUUAGACUCACCAGUCUAUUUUAGCAGUGGCUAAUUGCAUUCCAGAGACUUUCUAUGGUUUUUAAAGGUCAGUAGUGGGGGGACAGAAUUUUAAAAGCCCUGCACCUUUCAAGAGAAAAUGGAAAAGUUUUAAGCUGCUACCUUGAGCGCUUCCUGUUUCCUGCAUCCCUGCAACUUAGCUUCUCAACCUGAGAAUGACAUUGCAGGGGCCUCCACCUCGCCUCCGCACCCCUCCCCUGAAAGCCCACAGAGCAAAGCCUGCUGCAGUUGUACAGAGAACUAGCUUGGAUUUGGAGGCUGUCCUGACGCCAUAUCGCUUUCUAAUCUUUUUGAAUGAUGACUCACUUCACAGGCCCCAGAGGAUUUUCAAUUGCUUUCCAAAUCUAAAUAAAUGAUUUGGGGAUUAUUUGCCAUUUUGAAUUAACCAUGCCACUGUUCCUCUCCAUUAGUGUAGAUAAUUGAGAGUUGACUAUAUAUUCCAUGUGAAAUAGAAAAAGAAUUGAACAUGUUUAUUUAUGGCCCACAGCCUGCCUGCUUCCUGACAGGAGAGGAGGGGCCGGGGAACGCCAGGAAUCAUUCCUUUUGAUGGCUGCAUUUUCAGACAGCCAAAGCCAGACCACCCGUUUGGGGUACAACUUCGAAACGGAAAAGAAUGUGCCAACCUCCACCUUGUGGAGGGAGUUUCCUCACCUGUGCCUUCCCUAGACUAGUGAAAGGUAGUGGCCCCAGGGUUGGUGAGUUGGCCUUCCAUCUUAGAGCCUUCCCUCCAAGAUUUUCUCCAAUCUUUCGGUCAUUUUAUCCUGUUUUAACGUGGCUGUUUGCAUGUUGUCUCCUCUAUUAUUAGGCUGUGAGUUACUCAAGGGAAGGAACUCUCCUUUUGGCCCCAGGCCUUAGAACAGUGCCUGCUUUUCAGCAGGCAUGUAACAACUACUAGCUGACUAGCUGCUAAUGUAUUACAGUCACAAGGCCUACCUCUCCUUUCUCUGAAUGUAUACAAGUAUAUUAUCAUUUUAGAGAAGCUUCCAGAGGGCAAUUUGACCUUUAAAACCAGUAAUCAAGAGGUGAGUCUGCUUUCUUUCAAAAGCAUUGAUAUGUCAAAAGGUACCGAUCAUAGGAUUUCUUUCAAUUGCCUACACCCAACCCCUUUUGGCAUUGAAAACAUAGUGAAUCUACAGACACUUGGUUUACAUCAAAUAUUGCUGGUAUGCACAUAUUGUACAAAGUAAGAGAAGUGUGUUGCUCCCAGAAUGUGCAGGUACCAUCUGUAUUUGACCCAAGGAGAAGAAAAAAGAAAGCGCCUUCUCUGUAUGUGUGUAGGGGGCCAUUUACUAGCUGUGUGACCCUGAGCAAGUGUCUCCACCUCUCUGAUCCCCAGUUCCAUAAUUUUUAAAAAUGUAACCUGCCUCCCUGAGUUGUUGUAACUGCCAGACUUUGUGUUAAGCUUACCUAUCCUUGGGCUUUUUGACCUUUCAUUAUUCUUCAACUUGUCCAAUUGAAAUGAGGGGUUCUUUGAUCUAGAGGGGUACAUGCAUGCAUGUGCGUGUGUGAGGAGAGAGAUUGUUGAAUUCAUCUACUUUCAAUGGAUUUUGAAAUGUUGUAUUUUAGGAAUUGUUUAAUCUUGUUUUUCUGUAAGCUGCUUGUUCCUUUCUGUCAUCCUAGGCCUGGCUAAAGGCUGAAAUAAUUGAGGUCUUCUGUUCUCUUAGUGUCAGUGGGCUGCAUCCAGUUAGUAGCUCCUUUCCCCUCACUAGUCUCUAGGGAUGAUUACUCAGAUCUGAUUUCUGUCCAGAGAUUUUUCAGAUCUUCAUUUUAAACUUGCUUUAAAUGACUUAAUGUAGAAAUACAACAGAAAUGCCCUGUUGCUUGUUUAGGUCCCGCUGAAGGGACGGAUGGAUGCCUUGCCUUGUGAUUGGAGGACACACUGCUUUUUAUCUGUAGAGUGCUUUACGCUUUUCAAAUGCAUCGUCUUAUUUGCUCCACAGAAUGACCCUAUUUCUAAUGUGCCUCUCUUCCCUCUUCUCUCCCAUGCCCCCCCUUGAUUCCUUUGAGCCCUGUGAAAAUUUUUAAGGGUCUAACUUGUUAGGAGCUUAUCUGUUCAGCCGUCCUUGGCAAUGGCAUCAGAAGUUAUCAGCUGGAGUUUUCUAGCACCUUCUAGCUCCUUAGAGUCAGAGGCAUAAUAAGAUCUUGCCUUGUCCCCAUUUUGCUCAAGCUAAAAAAGUGGACCCUAAGGAAGCUCAUGGUGACAGAUGCUCUGUCAGGACCAUUUAAUUCAAAAUGGCCUUAUUUGCUAGUAGGAGUAAUGGGGAAUCACUUCUUCUGGCCUUCAGCUCUGGCAGAGCUUGGAUGGAAGGAGAAUAAGAUAUUGUGUCUAUUUGUCAUGGGAGGUAGGACAAAUAUUUAUUGAGCAACUACUAUGUGCUAGGCACGGGGAAUAUAAAUUCAAAGAAUAAAGCAAUCUAUACAAUCCAGAGAGGGACAGCAAGUACAUAUUGUAUACAUGUUUGUAUGUGUAUACAUAUAUAUCAUAAAUAAAAAAUUAAUACAUUCAAAUAUAUGCGAAGUAGAUUAUAGAAGUUGGGGAGGGAAGGGCAUGAGUGUUAGGGGGAGGAAGGGAAAGCUUUACAAAGAUGUUGCCUUUGGUUUUGCCUGAAAGAAAGAGAUGACAACCUGUUAAGUAGAGAGGUGGAGAGUUGGCAUUCCAGGCAUGAGGGACGGACAGCCAAUGCAAAGGCAUGGAGGUAAGAGAUGGAGCAAUGUGUUCAAGGAACAGAAAGAAGACCAUUUUGAAAGUAUUGAGAUAGAUGUACAGGAGGAAAAGCAGUAUCCAAGGAAGGCAGAAGGUUGUGUAGCUUUGCAGAGCUGUAAAAGCUACAAUACAAGGGUUAAAUUUUAGAAUCAAUAAGGAACUGUGGGAGCUGACUGAGUUGGGGAACCACAUGGUUAGAUCUGUGUUUAAAGGAAGCUACUUUGUUAACAGUAUACAGGAUGGGCUGGAAUGAUGAGAGACUUUUAGGAGGCUGUAGUGUCUAGAUAAGAGGUAAUUCAGACCUGAACUUGGAUGCUGACUUCUGUGAAUGGAGGUCCAGUGUGAAAUGAGGAAAUGGCAAGAGUUGGCAAAUGAAUGACUACAUACACAGGGUUAGGGACAGAGAGGAGCCCAGGCUACUACCACAUCCUCUGGCUGUAAAUAAUUGGAUCUUAUUGAAGCCCUUCGAUUUUUUCUCAAAAAGUGGAAAGUUUGGAAGAGGGAGAGAAGGAGUCUGUGGGAAGGAGAGUGAGUUCAGUUUGGGACAUGUUGAGUUCAAGGCAUCUUCAAUGCAGGACUGAAACUAGGAAGAGACCCUGAGAACUGGGAAUGUUUGCGUGGAACUGAUAGUUAAACCAGGGUAGCUUAUUAGAUCACUUAGAAACCGUAUAGAGAGAAGAGGGUCCAGCACCACUCUUCAGGAAUGCCCACAGUUAAAGGCUAUGGUAGGGAUGAUGAGGAGCCUGAGAAAAAGCAGCAGUCAGACAGGUAGCUAGGUGCUAAAAACCCAUGAUGAAGACCCAGAGGAGAGAGAAUACAGGACCCCAAGGCCAGCAGUUUCAAAAAGCAGUUUCAAAUGUAGUCCAUUCGACCUGAGCAAAGAUCAGAUUUGGCAAUUAAGAGAUCGUUGCUAUCUCUAAGGGGAAAAACCAGUUCCUGAUGAAUGAUGAAGUCAGGAGCCAAAUUUCAAGAAAUUGAAGGCGAGGAGAGAAAGUGGAGCAACCAGCGCAGGUAUGGUAGCUUUUCCAGAGAGAUUGGCUGAGAAAGGGGGGAGAGAUACAGGACAAUAGCGUGAGAGGAUGGUCGGAGCUGGUGAAAGUCUUUUCUAAGGAUGAGGAAAACUCUGGCAUAUUUGAAGGCAGUCAGUGAAGAGCCAGCUUUCAGGGAACGUUUAAACAUUGGAAAUAAAGAGUUGCAUGAAAGAUGAUUACCAUCGGAGUCUUACUCCUCAUCUCAGUCUACUGGCCUUUCUGACUUCCUUCAAGUCCCAGAUAAAAUCCUACCUUCUAGGACUGGGACUUCUCCAUUGCCACUUAAUUGUGGCACUUUCCCUUUGUGAAUUAGUUCUUAUUUAUCCUACAUAUAGCUCAUUUGUACAUGAGUACUUGCUUGUUGUCUCCCCCCUUAGAUUGUGAGCUCCUUGAGGGUCUGUCUUUUGCCUCUUUCUGUAUUCCUAAUACUUAGCACAAUGCCUGGCACAUAGGGCAUACCUGAUAAAUGUUUAUUGACUGACAGGCUAUGGCAGUGAUGACUAACCUCUUAUAGACUUGAGUGUCCAAACUGCAACCCUCAUGAUACAUGUGAGUCACCCCUUUACCCUCGACAGGGGAGGGAAAAAAAACCCCCAUUGGGCUGCUGGGCAGAGGAGUGGUUGAUGUGAGAAAUGUCCUCCUCAGGACCUCGUGGAGAAGGGGAGGGGAGCUGCCCUCUCCCACACAUGUGCCAUAGGUUCACCAACACAAGGCUAUGGUACCAAAUUGUCAUGUAUAAGAGUUGGCCUUGGCAAGGAACAGGUCUGCCUUGGAUGAGAAAUGGGAAAGGGAAGAUAGAACAAGAAGUGAUGAGGGAAUGGGAUAGGAUGACAAAUCCUGUUAAGUGGUCUCUUUUUUUAGUAAAGAAGCAAAGUGCUCUGCUAAGUGAAGUAGUCUAGAAGUCUAAGUGAAGCAGGCACCACUAGAAGCAUCUGAUGUGACCUAACUAGGGUUAGAAUCAAGAUUUCAAGAUAGAAGUCUUGAAUUCUUCUUUUUGGCCUUUCUCUUUUUCCUUUCAGUUGAGCAGAAGAGCCAGAUUUGUUUUUCCUCUUCUUUUUCUUCUCUUCAUGGCCAACUUGAGAGGCAGAAGCCUUUUGGACUUUGCUUUGUUUUUUGUCUUGCCUCUUUCUCCUGGAGGAUGAUACGAUUAGGACCAGAGUAGCUUCUCCCAUCCUCUGUGGGAUAUAGGGAAUGGAAGCUUACUACUCUGAUGGGGAGAAGAAUGAUAAACAGACUUUUGCUCCCUUUCUCCUCCUUUCUUCCUGCUAGAAAUUAGCUUACUUGGCAUCAUUUCAAGGCGAGCCUGGGUAUCUAUUUAUUUCAAUUGCUUUUCAUAAUAGACUUAUAAUCUUAGGAUUACUGUUGAAGAUUCUAUUUUCAUUGUGCAAGAACUGUUUCUCCUAAGUGUGCAUGCAUACACACCGAGGCAGAAAUUUAUCAUGGGACUUCUGGAGCAAAAUUACAUUACGUUUGCUCACUUAGGAGGAUUCAACCUAGCUGAUGCCCUAGUGGCCAACCCUCUCCAACAAAGAUCCUUAGGUGAAAAAUCUACUGGUCCUUAACCAGUAUCGAGUGCUACAGUAUUGCCAAAAGAGUAGUGUUGGCGGGGGGGUAGGUAGUCUGCUAAUUGGUGGAGAAAGUUGAUCUCUUUUCUUACCAGGCUUAGGUAUAAAAAGUAGGAAAGCAACAUGCAUUUGUUGAGGCCAACUCUGGACAUCUUCCUUGAUUUAAAAAAAUCAGUCCCAGACCCAAACAGCUUCAAGAAGCAAAGGUUUCGUAGUGAACUGAAUGAUGCAAGCAGCAAGUAUUUACACGUAUUCUCUGUGUUUAGCAAUGAUGUGGCUUUCUGAUUGCUGCCCUCCUAAAAUUGACAAACCCAAAUGCUCUAUAGGAAUUUUGCAGGUGAUCUAGAAUUUUUGUGCCGGUUAAUAUGUGGACCAUUUGAUUGCUAAGUGUCAUAGUGAAACUGUCUAGCAGUUAAUAUGUUAAGUAGACUCUUUGACAUAUACCUUAUACUGUUUGGCCCAUUUGGUAACACAAUAUAGAAGGUGACUGCUGUAAUUAGCACUUUAAUUAACUGAAUUGAAUUUUUCUGAGAGGCAAGUCCAGGAACUCAUUGGUACUGAGAAUUGCGCUAGGAUCUGCUGAGGAAAUGACUUUCCUUAGAGUUUAGACUUGUACCUUCUACUCUCAGGGUUAAUUCAUCUUUUCUUUAUUCUUGUUUUUCCUGGCUGGAAAAACACCACAGUCACCUAUCUAGAAUUCUUAACAAGCAAUAACAGUUUUGAAUUUCCUUGGAUAACUACCUCACCUGUUUUUAUCAUGUUUAUUAUUUCUUAUAGCAUAGUAGUAUUCAUGUGACAUAGCUUGUUUAGCCAUUCCUGGACUUUACUAGCAUCUAUUCCGGUUUGUGUCCCUUACAAUCAAAACAGUGGUGCUCUAAAUGUCUGGGUGUGUAUUAGGGAUCCUCUUUCAGUCUUUGAUCUCCAUCAAAGCAGAGGUGACCUUUGGCCUUACAGAGGAAUCUGGGAAUCAAAAGGAAUGAGCAUUGAAGGAACUUUGUUUGCAUAAUGCAGAAUUCCUUUCCAGGAUUGUUAUGUCAGACCAAGAGUGCAUUAGUGUGGCUCUUUCCACAAUUCUUCUCCCAUUGCCAAUUUUCUGGGUAGGGAGUGAAACCUCAGGGCUUGUGAUUAAGAUCUAAUCUAUGCAUUUUUUAUGGAGUUGCUAUUUACUUGUCUGCUUUUUAAGAGUUUUCAUACUUACAAGUCUCUUUCAUUGGGAUGCUCGGAACCACAGCAAUGUACUUUUUUAGAGUAUCCACAUAAAAGGAAUCUGCCAUCUUCUCAACUUUCUUGAUGCCGUUGGAGUUUCUGGUGAUCGCACAUGUGGACUAUGUCUACUAUUGUUGUUUCUGUGACUAGUAUACAGGGGAUCGAUCUCUCAGUGUCCUUGAUGCUACCCAGAAGAUAGUAUGCCUAGCUUCUCUCUCCCUUUGUAGCGUCAACUGGAAAAAAACACAGAACUAUUAAAUAGUCAAAAUCACUCUUUAAUCAAGGGCAAAAGGGGUUCAGCGCUAGGAGGCCUCAACAACAGAGCUGCUCACCACACGAGACUGCACAGAGUCCGAGGAUGGAACUCUGGCUGCCCUGGUCACUGACCCCUGGGAAUGCCACCACUCAAGCUGGACUCCGGGGAACAAAAGGAUUUGGGGAACCUCUAGAUCAUUUGGGGAGUCCAGAAGCAGGGAAAGAUGAUUGACGUCACUAUAGCUACAAGGAAAAUGGGAGUGUUCAAACUACACUGACCGGGUACACUCAAGCUUGGGAAAGGAAUCAUGGCUAGAGGCUAGGGUGUAAGAGAAGGGGCUGCUUACGAUAGAUACUAAAGGACAGCUCCUGCCCAGGUGUGGGUCUUCUUUGGAAAGGCUCUGAUACAAUAGAGACCACCUAAGGCAAAGAGGGUCCAUCCUUAGCAUCUGCUUGGUCUCACCCAACUAGGAUUGUCAUUCACCUGAGGGUGGUCCACUCAGUCUGAAACUGCUCGCCUGGGAUUCCCAUGGGAACAGGGAACAAGUACAAAUUUUGGGGUGUCCAACCUACAAGCUCCUCCUGAAACCUGGGCUUCACCAGAUCCCACUAGGCCCCAAGUUUGGGAUUCCUAGAUUCCAUGUUGACAGUAGGAAUGUUCAAAAUGUGUUGUCUUUGAUUCAGGUGUGGUAUAGCGAGUGGCUGAGGGGCUAACCAGCCUGAAGAGCUAACAUAUUUCACUUCCAGAGAUGACGAGAUUAUCAUUGCAACUGGAGGUUGUAUAAGGGAAUUCUAAAUUAGCAGAGGUAUUCUAUUUAGCUCACACUACAGCCCACUAUGUACCAGCUAGUGUCCUGAGCUCUGGGGAUGAGAAGCUCGAUAGCGCCAAACUUUGCUCUCAAGAAUCUUACCAGCUAAUUAGGAAAAAUUAAGUAUGCAGAUGAUUGCUGUCCUCGGUAGAAUGACAAAAGUGCCAAGGAGAGAGCAAGAUGAAGCACUAGGAGAAGCUUAACGAGGUCACUUUGGUGGUGGUUGCAAGAGGGGUUAGAGCUUGGUGUCGCGCUCAGGGGAAAUUUUCCCCCUAGACUUAGAAGCUGCCAGAUUCACUUUGUGGAAGCAGUAUUACUUCAUAAUCCAUAAUUUUGACCUUGAUCACUGUCAGCAAACUAGGCCUCUGGCAAUCGCUUCCCAGUUUUGCCUGUCCAGAGAAGUUCAUCAGCAUCCUGGAACAACUCCCAGAAAUGGCAUCGUUGACGUUGAAUGGUGGGUUCGGUUAGUCUCAGUGGUCUUGUCAGACCUGUUUCCCUAGAAAAAUGACCUCCAACAGCAAUGCACACAUCUCCAGGAAAGCAUUUUUCCCCUGAGCAGAUUGUGGCCUCCACAUGUCUCAGAAACAAUCAUGCAGAAGUUGCUUGAUGCAGUGGUCUGUGCUCCUGGACAUAAAGCAGAUCUUGAAUUAGUAUCUUAAAGUGACCUGUCAAAAAGAACAGACUGUCUUCCUCCUCCUUCCUGCUGCACUACCCCGCCCCCCAAUACAGUUAACUACUGCUUAGGCCAUGAGAACAGAAAGGCAGAUUUUGCUGGUCAAGAUGUUGGAGAAGGCCAAAUGACAAGAAGAAAACCAACCCAGGUCUAGCGAUGCCCACUAACCUCAUGGUACUGAGGGGGUCCACCCUUUAUGACUUUUUCAUUGUCUAGCAUGUCAUUGAUGCUUCCUACCAAACAACAUCUGUAAUUUUCUCCUUGGAAUCAUGGCAUGAUUCCAUUUGGAGGGAACUCUCAGAUGUCAUUCAUUUGGCGUGCAUUUAGGGAGUCUAUUAUAGGCUAUGGACUAUUAAGGUCAUCACACCUAUUCCAUUUCUGACACUUC